AUGACCCGCCAAACAACUCUCACCCUCCUCCUCACCUCCCUCCUCACAACCCAAACCCAAGCCGACCCCAAAAUCCUCACCUGCGCCGACGUCGAAUGCCCCAUCGUCCCCAACACCACCAGCGCCAACUGCACCGUCCUCGGCACCGAAUACACCGCCAUCGGCAUCCUCCCCCUCGACCCCCUACCCCCUGAUGCCAUCACCGACCGCCAAACUGCUGAAACCACCCUCCAAGGUCUAUCCUGGACCAAAGCCGUCGGCACAGAUGACUUCAGCAGGGAAGAACGGCGGUUUCGACAGGGUUUCUUCCUCGGCACGCCUCCCGAGUUUGAUUCCUUGGUUGAUGGUACUAAAACUGACGCUUGCGCAUUGCUCUUCACCCAAGUCGCUCCCAUCGUUCGACUCGACAAAGGCGGCAGCAGCCAUGUCGCGCCGCAGGGAACAUGCAGCGAUGCGCUCUCUUCCGAGUGCGUGGCAGCCCUGACGCGGCGGGCGGAAGGGGUAGAUCUGGCUGGGCUCGCGGGUCAGGAGGCGUGUGAUAAACUGAGGGGGGAGUUUGUAGGAGGAGGAGAGGCCGGAGGGGGGUUGGAUGAGGAGUGCGCGCGGUUUGUGACGGGGGAUCAGCAGAGGUGGACGGGGGUGAGGGCGAGGGCUUUGGUUGGGGAGGGGGCGGUGGAGGCGGUUGGGGCCGGGGAGAAUGGGACGACGAAUUGUUGGCCGGUUUGGCCGAGGGAGGAUGGGUUGAGGGUUGUGGGGGAGGUAGAGACGACGGGAGAUUAUGACGCCACGACACUCCAGCGCAAUCUCCUUGGUGCUACGCCCAUUCUGACCGUUUUCUACCCGGUGAACAGCAACAAGGGCAAUGGUAACGGAAACAAUGAGAACAACGGAAACAACGGGUUAGUAUCGCGGGCCACGGCCCAGUUGACGUGUGUCCAGGUGUCAGACUUGACCACAGCGAGCAACGAGACCAUGGUACCGGGAGAGCAUGAUGAUAAUGGUGAUAGCUCCGCGAUACGGAUGAUGGGGGGAAGCCAGGUCGCGAUGUGGGGCGCGUUGAUGGCUGUGGUGUUUGUGUUUUGGGGUUGA